CUUAGAAAUGAUGAGGUUCCAGACCAUAUUCUUGUUGAUGGCAUUGACCACAAUGACAGUAGCCGCCUAUUCACCAACAGAAAAGCAUGCAUUAGACAUACCUGGAGUGAAAAAGAUUUUACAGGUCGAAAACACAGUUGGAAGAGACAUAAACGGGCGUAGUGGUGUUGGAUCCCUUUCUGUACUAGAUGUAAUUGAUGCAAACAGACGAGCAGGAUCAAGAGCAGUUGAAACAUCUCAUGGAAUAGGCAAUGACUUUUUAUCACGCGGGUCAUCAGCUAGAAGAGGAUUGUCUGGGGGUUCAAUUGGAGGCAGGACUGAAAUCAUUAGAGGCCCCUCAGCUGGUUUGUCACGUGCUUUAUCUGACGAUGACAGUAUCAGUAACUGCCAUUUUGGGUGUGGAGGAGAUAAAUUAUGUCGUUCAGGACAUAAAUGUAUUCACAAUGGAUGUAGCAGCUACUGCGUCGAAAUUUCUUCUGGAAGUAUAAUUGGUGCAUUUGGAUUGUCGGACUCUAUAAGAAAGGAAAUAAUUAGAAGUUUAUCAUCUGGCUUGACCAGAGUUUCGAGUAAUGAUGGUCAUUUAUCCCCUGGCAGCAGAAUUGGUUCAUCUGGUCUGGCUAGGAAUUUGGAUCUAUCUAGCAAUGCUAAUUUGGAAACAAUAGGUAGAAGUCGUGGAAUGUCUGGUCAUGCAGGUUCUGAUAUUCUUGACGCAACCAACCUAAGACGAAGUGGACUUGAUGUAUUAGACACACUUUCUUUAAGACGAAGUGGAUCAGUACGUACUUCUGGUUCAGGUGUCGUUUCUCAGUCAGUAGUUAGUGGAGCAAUUAUUUGCAAAAAAAACUGUCAUCAUGAUGGAGAUUGUCCAACCAACAAAUACUGUGCAACUGUUAAUUGUCACAUGAUUUGUCGAAGAAGGCCGUCAAAUGGAUACACACGAUGAUCAUGUACAGGAUAUCACCGAAAUCCAGAC